GUGAAAAAUAAUAGCGGAUCCAGUGAAGUGUGCUAGCAGUAACUGCUGGCAAAUUAAUCAUCAAACAAAUACAAAGUAACGGCUACAGUAUUUGAAAUUCACUGCAUACUCUAUUUACGAAACAGCUUUACUACUGCAAUUAUUGAAUAUUACUAAUGAGUAGCCAUCACUAGUGCACAAUGGGUGAUGAAUCUGAAUGGCUAAAACUUCCACUUGAUGAUAGAUGUGUACAUAAGGUUUGGAAGGCUAGAUUACAUGGCUACACAGAAGCUAUCAAGUACUUUGGAACAUUGGACAGCAAGAGUCCAGAAUUCACAAAGUAUCUUGGCAUCAUCAAGAAGUUUGUGGUCGACACAAAUGCCGUAGCCCAAGAGAAGGGCUUGGAUGCUACCUUGGCAUUUUUGGAAAAUGCAGCCUCUGCUCACAAGACCUGUGCUGAGGUAUCUGCAGGUGUUGUAACAAAAUGUUUGAAUUCUUCAAGGACCAAAACAAAAGAAAAGGGAAUUGAAAUCCUUAUGGUUUGCAUUGAACUGGAAAAACAAGAAAUUGUUAUUGAAGAGGUGAUGAAAGGAUUGACCAAUAAGCAGCCAAAAAUUGUUGCAGCUUCUAUUCUAGUAUUACGGACUGCAAUUAGCAAUUUUGGUUCGAAAAUUAUCACCCUGAAACCGAUUGUAAAAGUUAUGCCAAAGCUAUUUGAGCACAGUGACAAAAAUGUGAGAGAGGAAGCCAAACUGCUGGCCAUUGAGAUCUAUAGAUGGAUUGGUGCGGUAUUUAAGCCUGGCCUACAAAAAAUUAAGCCUGUACAGAUGAAAGAAUUAGAGGAAGAAUUUGAAAAGUUACCAAACAAAGCACCCAAACAGAUUCGCUUCUUGAAGUCGCAGCAGGAACUGAAGGAGAAGUUUGAAGAGGCAGCUGCUGGUGGCGGUGAAUCUGAAGACGAUGAUGAAGAUGAUGUUAGACCUGAAGUGGAUCCUUUUGAAUUGUUACCAGCUGUUGAUGUUUUGUCCAAGUUGCCAAAAGACUUUUUCGAAAACAUUGAGGCUAAGAAAUGGCAAACCAGGAAGGAAGCACUGGACAAUUUGUUGCCCUUAGCAACGAGUCCUAAAAUAGAGGGCGGUGAUUUUGCAGAGCUGGUGCGAGUUUUAAAGAAGGUGGUCAGUAAAGAUACGAAUGUGAUGAUAGUGACUGUGGCUGGUAAGUGCCUCGGAGGGCUUGCUAUUGGACUCCGCAAGAAAUUCACUCCAUAUGCUGUGGCUUGUACUGGUGCAAUAUUAGAGAAAUUCAAAGAGAAAAAAGUGACAGUAGUAUCGGUAUUGAGAGAUGCUAUAGAUGCCAUCUUCUUAACAACCACGUUGCAGAAUAUAAGUGAAGAUGUUCUAGUUGCCUUGGAUAAUAAGAACCCAUCAAUACGAGCUGAAACUGCUGCCUUCCUAGCCCGUGCCAUGAGGCACUGCACCCUAACGACCUUACCUAAGAGUUUACUCAAGCCUCUUUCAGCUGCUCUUGUCAAGAAAAUUGGCGACACCUCCCCAGAGGUGCGUGAAGCUGUCGCAGAAUCACUUGGAACCGCCAUGAAAGUGGUUGGAGAAAAACAUUUAUUGCCAUUCAUUGCUGACCUGGAUAAGAUUAAACAGGAUAAGAUUAGAGAAUGGUGUGAGAAAACUGAGCUAGCCACAGGAGGAGGGAAAAAGAAGAAAGAGAAGUCAUCCGAGACAAAAGCAGCACCCACUAAGGCAGCACCUGGCCCCUCUAAGGCGGCUGCUAAACCUGCUUCUGCUGCUAAGAGCAAAGCAAGACCUGCAUCAGCCUCUGGUGCUGGUAAAGCCAGCAAAGGCAAGAAGAAACCAAAACAAAGUGAAGAAACUGAAAAGAAAUCAGAACCAGCCUAUUCGCCUGAGGAUGUAGAUGAGAAGGCUGCAGUUGCAUUGCCAGCAACCCUGCUUCAGCAGCUGGGACAUGCUAAUUGGAAAGAACGACUAGCAGGAAUGGAAGAACUAACAACGAAAAUUCACAACAUGGAAAAGAAGGAUAUUGAUUGUCAGUUAUACGUGAGACUCAUGGCCAAGAAACCAGGAUAUAAAGAUGCCAACUUUCAGGUUCUGAAAGCCAAAUUUGCUUUGAUUGGUAUUCUAGCCGAGAAAGGAAAGUUCAGUCGUACAUCUGGCAGUGUGUGUAUCGGGGGAAUUGUAGAGAAAAUUGGCGACAUAAAACAGUCAGCGACAGCUAAAGAAACAAUGACGUCCAUAUCUGAAGCUUGUAGCCUCCAGUUCGUUGCACUUGAGGCUGUCUCAUACGCAUUUGAUACUCAAAAAAAUCCAAAGAACCAAUCAGAAACGCUCAACUGGUUUGCACAAGCAAUACAAGAAUUUGGCUUUGCAUCUUUGAAAGUGAAAUGCUAUAUAUCAUAUAUCAAGAAAGCUUUGGGUGCAACGAAUCCUGCGAUCAGAACUGCUGCCAUUACCACUGUAGGUACCAUGUACAUGUAUAUGGGGGCGCCCCUUAGAAUGCUGUUUGAGGAUGAGAAACCAGCACUACUAGCACAAAUAGAUGCCGAGUUCCAAAAGGUAUCUGGUACAAGCCCACCAGCCCCUUUCCGUGGUAUCAAGAAAGAAGAGAAGCGUGAUGAUGCAGAUGGGGAUGAUGUUGAAGAUGAUGUUGAUGAGGAAGAAAGUGAAGUUGGAGGCAGUCCCUCAAGUAUACAAGACCUUGUUCCUCGGGUUGACAUCUCUGAUCAGAUUACAUCAAGCCUGAUAGAAGAACUAGGAGAUUCAAAAUGGAAGGUUCGAGGUCAAGGGUUAGAUAGAGUUCAGACAAUAUUGAAUAGUAAUAAGUUCAUUACACCAAACCUUGGAGAACUACCCACAGCUUUAAAACCACGACUCAGCGACACCAACAAAAUUCUUGCUACAAACACUGCCAAUAUAUGUACGCAACUGGCGCAAGCUAUUGGUCCUGCCAUUAAGGUACAUGUUAGGACGCUAGUUCCUGGUCUACUUAUGCUUAACUGUGACAGCAAGCCCACCGUUAGGGCAGCGAGUGUUAGCGCCCUCUCUGCCUGGGAGGAGCAAGUUGGCUUAGCCCCUUUUAUUGAAGAUGAGCUUCUAAAUACAGUCUUGGCCAAGGAGAGUCCAUUUCUCCGAAUGGAGGUAUUUGGUUGGUUAGAAGAGAAACUUGCCAAGUACCACACAUUACCAUCAGAUCUUGCUCUGACCGUGCCCAUCUUGUACACUGCAUUGGAAGAUCGUAAUCCUGAAGUACGCAAGAAAGCUCAGGGCGUUCUGCCGUUGUUCAUGAUGCAUCUGUCGUACGAGAAGUGUGUCAAGAUGACAAAUAAAUUAAAGCCAUCCUCAAAAACCCAAGUAAUGCAAAUCUUAGAAAAACAGCGUCCAAACAUCCCUGCAAAACCAGGCAAACCAGAAAAAACCAAGAAAGCAAAGACCGCAGCACCUCCACCACAAGAGGAAAAGAAAAGACCAAAAACAGCACCGCCUAAGACUGAAUCCUCUUCUUCUACCGAUACAUCACCAACUGAGACAGCGACGACAACAACUACAAGGAAGAAACCUGUUGGAAAGUCUAAGUCAAGAAAAUCUGCACCCAAAGAAUCUUCAAUGAAAGUGAGGUCGAAGGCUGAGCCAAGCAGCCAACCAGAGCCUAUUGCAACUGCCUCGCCCACUGCUUCAGUUACCACCAAGAAAUCCAAAUUGGUAAAGGGAAAGACAAGCAAGUCUAGCAAGUCAAAGCAGGAGGAUGAGGAUGUUGGACCACCUGUGAUACUCAACAACUUGAAAGAUAGAAGGUUUAGGGAUGAAGAUAACUUAAAGGUUUUAAAAUGGAAUUUCAGCGUGCCUCGUGAUGAGAUCAUAGACCAGCUGAAGGAGCAGAUACAGCCCUGUGUCAGUCCAUCCCUCUUCACUGCCCUCUUCCAUGCCGACUUCAAGUACCAUAUCACAGCUCUUACAACACUCAAAGAGGCUGUGACGUCCCACAAAGAAGCCUGCAUUGGGGCACUAGAUGUACUCCUGAAGUGGGUAACACUGCGUUUCUUUGACACUAAUACCAGCGUCAACAUCAAGGCCUUGGAAUUCCUACAAGUGUUAUUUAAUAUGCUUGCUGAGGAAGACUACAGUAUGCAUGACUACGAGGCCUCUGCCUUUUUACCAUACCUUGUAUUGAAGAUUGGGGAGAAUAAGGAGAAUAUUCGCAAGAUGGUCAGAAGCUGUAUCAAAACAAUAACCAAGAUUUACCCCGCAAGCAAAGUCUUCCAGUUCAUCAUAGAUGGCCUGAAGUCCAAGAAUGCAAGACAACGGACAGAGUGUCUUGAGGAACUAGGAAAUUUGAUCGACCUGUAUGGAAUUAAUGUUUGCCAGCCAAGUCCGCCGAAGGCACUCAAGGACAUUGCGGUACAGAUCAGUGAUAGAGACAACAGUGUACGCUCAGCAGCGCUUAACACGCUGGUUCAGGCGUAUGCUAUUGUUGGUGAAGGCAUAUACAAAAUGGUUGGCAGAUUAAAUGAAAAAGACGUAAGCUUAUUGGAAGAAAGGAUCAAACGAUCGAGCAAGAAAGUGAAGUCUGCACCACCCAUGCAAGAACCAAAGCAAACGAAACAAGAUGCUAAGAAAUCGAUGCUCCCGGCGCCAUCUAAUGGCACUGACAGGCCCUCUACAGCACCGCCGCAAUCAGGAGGAAACAUUCGAAGCUCCAACGUUCCGCAGGUUUUCAAAUUGGAUCUUGACGGGCUCGGCCUAAAUGAUGGUGACUCCAACGACAACAUUCCACAGCUGGAGGACAUGGACCAUGUACAGGAUCUACUAAGCGAUGCUGUCAAACUUCCGCAGAGAAGAUUACAGAAACCAAGUUUGACUGUUGCUCAGCUAGAUUUCAUUAUCUCACAGAUUGCCAGUAAUGACAUUGCUAUUAGUUUGCAGUCGUUAAAACAGCUUGAUGAGGCUUUACAGGAUUCUGAUCGCUCGAAGGUACUGACCGACCAUAUAGACCAGUUGGUAGUGACCACUUCUUUACAGCUAAGGAUGGCCUUCAGUAAAUACAUGUCAGACGAGACCACAUCAAAGGAUGUGAUCAGGAUGUACAGGUGUCUGGUGGCGCUUCUCAUGUCGCUCUUUCAAAACAGGAUGCUAGCAAUGAAGGCAUCAAAGGACGUUCUCUGUGAUCUGGUGAAUGGUCUGAUAACGGUACUCAUUGACAACCGACUGGAAGCAUUUGACGAUGGUCCACAGGUGAUCCGGUCAAUUAACAUGCUGAUGGUCAAGGUACUUGACCAAAGUGACCCUACCAAUAGCAUGUGUGCCUUGUUGAAACUACUACAGGAGUAUGUAGCCCAUGAAAGCAGCUCACCAAAGUUUGUCCAACUUAUCAUGAAAUGUUUGUGGAGGAUGGUUAGGUCCAUGCCAGAGAUCAUCCACGAUAUUAAUGUGGAACGUCUGUUACUGUCGCUGCAUCUUUUCCUGAAGGCUUUCCCGAGUUCCGUGUGGAAAGAACGAACCAAUGACACUCCACUUAGAACCAUCAAAACGAUAUUGCACUCACUUGCCAAGAUUCUUGGUUCAAAGGUGUUAAGUUACCUUGUGUUAAUCAAUGAUAAGAACUCCGAGGUUGAGCUGUACCUAAAGAAAAUAGUGAGAAACAAUCGCAAAUCAGUCGGAGGAGACCACAUAAAUGGAUCAGUCCAAGAAACAAGCAACUCGUCUUCUACCGGUAAUGUAGCCUCUCCAAGAAGAGGGACAGCCCGAACAAACGACAUACUAGCAGAAAUAUUCAAAAGAAUUGGUUCCAAAGAAAACACAAGAGAGGGCUUAGCUGAGCUGUAUGAUUUCAAAUGCAAAUACCCCGACGUCGAUAUUGAGCCUUUCCUGAAGAAGACCUCACCCUUCUUCCAGAGCUACAUAGAAAGAGGCUUAAAGAACAUUGCCACAGAGCGCGAGAAGGCCCAGACCGAAAAGCAAAACAAAGGACGCAGUGUUGGAAGCACAGACAGUAUAAGUUCGGUAGAUUCAGUAGGCAAUCUUUCAGCUGGACAAGACGUGUCAACAUCACAGCUACGCGACCGCCUCAAAGUACUGCGUGCACGUUGCGGCUUGGACAAUGGAAGUGAGGCAGUACAGGAUCCUGUGCCAGUUAAGUCGAGCAGCCGACCUGAACUAGUAACAUCAUCCUCUAUAGAGUCCGACUCUGGACAUAAUGCUAUGCCGCAUUUGUAUCAGCCACAAAGGAUAACGCUCGGAUCAAGUACCUCCUCUGCCCCAACCCCAGCCCAGGUACCAGACACCAAUGUUGACGAACUUAGAAAACGUCUGGAACGAAUAAAGAAAGGAGGAAGUAUGAAGUGAGCCCGGUUUGUUACUAUACAGCUAAGAGUCGGAUAAUGGCAUAGCGGAAAUGUGCUUUGCUUUCCAAUCUUGUGGUGUUUGUUCGAUCCAUGAUUACAAAAUUCAUUAUGUGGAUAAUAAAAUAUGAGAAUUAGAAUGCUGUUGAAAAAUAUUUAAUCAAGGAAUGGACUUGCUUGAUGCUUGUAUACACUAUUGCAUUAAAAAAGAAAUGCUGAUUGUACAUAAGAGUGUAUUGUUGAUGAGCAUGUGGUGUAUCAUAAACAGCAGGGUGCCCGAAGGACUCUUGAGGAUAAUAGAAUUUUUGCCUCAAACGUAAAAAAUGUAAUUUUUUUUGUGACCUGCCAAUUUUAGCUCAAUUCUAGGCCAUUGGAGCUAUAGUUUGUAUGUAUAAUUUAAAUGUUUAAAGAGGUGUUCCUCCUUCAAAUCGGCUAUCCUGUUGAAGAAUUUAUUACUCUACAAUUUAUAUCUUUAGCGCAUCAUGGAUAAAAGGAAAAUGUCAUUUAAGAUGAGAAAGAUUGUUUAACAGAUGUGUGGAAAAGACAGUUUUGAUACAAUAGAGAUAUUUUGAUGUAAGAAUGUACAAUGCAGAAUUGAAUGGUUUGCUUCAGAUACUAGCAUAAUGCUAUUUCUAUUUGUUGAGAAAAAAAGAAAAAGCAUAUAAAAUUAACUUGCAAUUGAAAUUGCCUUGAAUAUUUAAAGCAGUGUUUAUAAAAAGAAAUCUCAUGAAUAUAUAAAACUGUUACAAAAAUCUCAUUAAUGUUUAAAACAUAUUAACACAAGAAAUGCCAUCAUAGAAAUCUAUACAACGUUCGUGUGAAUAUUCAUGUUAUUCAUAAAUUCCUAUAAAUAUUCAUAAAACUGGUCAUGAAUAUUCAACAGUUUUUAUAUCAGGUAAUGAGUGAUAAUAUUAGUGUUUUUAUGCAAUGAAUACCCAUGACAGUUGUUUAUAAUUUAUCUACUUAGAUAAUGGUUAUUUAUUCGCAUUCAGUUGCCAUAUAUCACUCUAAAUCUAUCCACACAUAUAAAUUUUGUUACAAAUAAAUGUGAUAUUCCCAUAUUUGGGUAUAUUAUGGCAUCAUGCCCAUGUAUGGGAACAUCACAAAAUUUGUCGCAUAAAAUUUGAUAGCGUGGACUGAGCGUUAAGCUGCCUAGAAAAAUAAAAUAUGCAGUAAACAGUUUUAUUUUUUACUUCAUUAUUGCGAUCUUUUGAUUUGCGCUGCGACAUGAAUCUCAAAUGAAUUAACUCAUCUCUAACCAUCUUGCAUUCUCUGCUCAACGUAAAAUCAGGCCAAACUGCGUUCUACAAUUAAAGACGACAAGAACUCAACAUUGUCGCAUGUGCGGAUGCAUCAUGCAAUCAAAGCGCCCUUAUUAGACUCGUGAAUUACUGUUGUGAACUGAAUGACAAAUGUGGUGACAAGUGCUUCUCAUUAUUAUCUUAAAUGUCUUUCACUUACAUAAAAUUUUUGUUCGCAGUUUUUAUAUCAACAAUCCAUUGUGUAUAUAUAGAGUUUAGCAUUUCUAACAUUACAUCUAAAAGGCCAAGGUUAAAGGUCAUAUAUGUUGACAUGACCUUUACAUUAACCAAUCAGAUUGAUGCAUAUUUAUAGUGAUUUAAAUUAUAAAUCCUUAAAUUGUAAAUUUACAUUAUGACAGUUCAUAAGAUAAUUAUGUAACUAUUGGUUACCCCUCCCACUAAAAUAUAAUAGCACUGGGGUGUUAAUAUCAAAAGAUGACUAUUUCUAUUAUGCAUUGAUGUGAAAAGAAACUGAGGCAGGAAUGCAUACUAUUGCAUGCUUAUGCGAUGAAAAAUAAACUUGCUGAAAAUGUGAUUGUAUUUUUAUCUGGUUGUUUGUAGCUCUGGUGUUUUUGUUAGCUGUGCCUGCUCACAUGAUCCAGUAACAAUCAUCGUAUCUUUCAUUUGCGUGUUUUCAAUUGAUCUCUUCAAAGAGCGCUAAUGUGCAACAAUUACUAAAAUAGUUAGAAUAUUUUCUUCAUAUCUUGGGGGAAAUUACUACAAUAAAUACCGUCCUGUGUCUAUCCCUUCAACCAUAUCAAAAACAUUCAGUAGGGCCUACCUACGUUACAAACUUCUGUUGCUUAUUAAUCCUUGGCAAACA